CCUCCGCGCCACGUCCAAAACCGCCUCUCCGCAAUGGUGGCCGCUUUGCCGCUGGCUCCUCAACUAUGGCCCUCCCCUACGCCUUCCUCUCCGCCGCCGCUGGCACCUCCUCGUCGUUGCCGGGAUCCAGGCGCUGCAGCACCGUGCACUGUUUACCCUCCAGACCAAGGCCUCCUCUCGCGCCGCCGGCCCGCGUGAUGGGCAAGAGCAAGAGGAAUCCGGCGUCCACCCGGCUGUGGAUGCGUUUAGAUCGGCGCGGCGGCUGCGAGAUGGUCAUGUGUGACAAGGCCUUCGUCGCCCGUCGCUCCGGCUUGCCGGCGCGCGACCUCCGCCUCCUCGGCCCACUUCUCUCUCGCUCCCCCAGCAUCCUCGCUAGGGAGAAGGCUAUGGUAAUCAAUCUGGAAUUCAUUAGAGCAAUCGUAACUGCUGAUGAAGUGCUGGUGCUGGAGCCUCUUGCUCAGGAGGUUCUCCCUUUUGUUGAGAAAUUGAGGAAGCAUUUUCCACUGAAUAGUCUGGAUGUCGAUGGUGUCUCUAGUCAUGCGGCCAUGGAUAACCAAGACGGCAAGCUUGAUCAAGAUGUUCGCUGCCUGAAUGAGGCAGAAGGUGCCGAGCAUGAGCUUCCGUUUGAGUUUCAGGUGUUGGAUUUCGCUCUUGAAGCCGUGUGCUUGUUGUACAACUCCACGGUAUCUGAUCUUGAUAGGCAUGCUGUUGCUGUGCUUGAUGAUCUGAUUAAGAGUGUGAGCACUACGAAUCUUGAGCGCGUCCGGAGCCUGAAAAGCAGCCUCACUUGCUUGCUUGCAAGCGUGCAGAAGGUCAGAGAUGAAAUAGAGGAUAUUUUGGACGAUGACAAAAAUAUGGCACAUAUGUGUAUAACAAGGAAGACAAAAGGACAGAAGGAUGAAGAACCUUUGGAUACUGAUGCUCAUUUGGUAGAUAUGUUACUUGAAACCUAUUUCAAGCAAUUUGAUGGGAUUCGCAACAGAAUUUUCUUGGUUCGACAGUAUAUUGUUGACACAGAAGACUAUAUCAACAUCCAACUUGACAACAAACGGAAUGAACUCAUUCAGCUCCAGCUUAUGUUGAUCGUCGCGUCCUUUGGUAUAGCCAUCAACACCUUCAUAGCUGCGGCUUUUGCAAUGAACAUCCCUCAUUGUGGGCAUCAUUUCAUCAUUGGAGGACCAUUUGGACCAUUUGUUGGUGUCACCUCAUCUUUAUGCAUGUCGAUUGUCAUACUGUUGUUCACAUAUGCCUGGAGGAACAGGCUACUCUGCACUUGAGACAACACAACCUCAGAGCAAUUAACAAGAGCAUCACCGAUGUCAUGAGUCCCCCGCAGUCCUCUCUCACUCUUGUAUUGUCACUGUUUUAUUUAUGAAAGAAUUCAGGUGGGGAAACUCUCCCCCCGGUGAACUUUCAAACAAAAAAGAGCAUCACCUCUGUGACUUUGAGUAGUAUUCUUCUUCAGAAUGCCUCCUGACUUGGAGGAAGCGGCAUUAGUUUGUGGCGGAUAAUUGAAUGGCUGACUUAAAGGUGAAUUUCUGCUGUAUUUAUGAUUCUCAUGGAAUAAACAAGGACUGCCUCUCAAUGUGCAGACUUGCAACUCUAUCACUUAUAUAUACUAUUCAUUUUUUUUUCCUGACAAUGUAAAAUAACAACUUGUACUUACUCU